GCUUCUGUAGGAGCCUAGAAAGACUGUGCAAUGAAUGGUGAUACUCGGGCUGCCGUGGUGACCUCACCACCACCAACCACGGCCCCUCACAAGGAGAGGUACUUCGACAGGGUGGAUGAGAACAAUCCAGAAUACUUGCGUGAGAGGAACAUGGCGCCAGACCUUCGCCAGGACUUCCACAUGAUGGAGCAGAAGAAGAGGGUGUCCAUGAUCCUACAGAGUCCAGCUUUCUGUGAAGAGCUGGAGUCAAUGAUACAGGAGCAGUUUAAGAAGGGGAAGAAUCCCACAGGCCUGCUGGCCUUACAGCAGAUCGCAGACUUCAUGACCACCAACGUCCCGAACGUCUACCCAGCUGCUCCGCAAGGAGGGAUGGCUGCCUUGAACAUGAGUCUGGGGAUGGUGACGCCUGUGAAUGACCUGCGAGGAUCUGACUCAAUUGCCUAUGACAAAGGGGAGAAGUUACUGCGGUGUAAACUGGCAGCAUUUUACAGAUUAGCAGAUCUCUUUGGAUGGUCUCAGCUUAUUUAUAAUCACAUCACGACCAGAGUGAACUCGGAGCAGGAACAUUUCCUCAUCGUGCCUUUUGGACUUCUUUACAGCGAAGUGACUGCCUCCAGCUUGGUUAAGAUCAAUCUGCAGGGAGAUGUGGUAGACCGUGGGAGCACCAAUCUCGGAGUCAACCAGGCCGGCUUCACGCUGCACUCUGCCAUCUAUGCUGCCCGCCCCGACGUCAAGUGUAUCGUUCACAUUCAUACCCCAGCAGGGGCCGCGGUCUCUGCCAUGAAGUGUGGCCUCCUGCCCAUCUCCCCUGAGGCGCUGGCCCUCGGGGAAGUGGCUUACCACGACUACCACGGGAUUCUCUUUGGUGAGGAGGAAAAGGUCUUGAUUCAGAAGAAUUUGGGACCUCAAAGCAAGGUCCUCGUCCUCCGGAAUCACGGGCUCGUCUCAGUUGGAGAGACCGUGGAGGAAGCCUUCUAUUACAUUCAUAACCUGGUGGUUGCGUGUGAGAUCCAGGUUCGUACACUGGCCAGCGCGGGAGGCCCGGACAACUUAGUCCUGCUGGAUCCUGGGAAGUACAAAGCCAAGGCCCGGUCCCCGGAGUCCCCAGUUGGGGUGGAGGGCACCGGGUCCCCUCCCAGGUGGCAGAUCGGGGAGCAGGAGUUUGAAGCCCUCAUGCGGAUGCUUGAUAAUCUGGGUUACAGAACUGGCUACCCGUAUCGGUACCCUGCUCUGAGAGAGAAAUCUAAAAAGUACAGUGACGCCGAGGCUCCUGCUGGUGUCCCGGGUUCCUCCUUUGCUGGUGACGGUGACUCGGGCACCUGCUCCCCUCUCAGACACAGUUUUCAGAAGCAGCAGCGAGAGAAGACUAGAUGGCUGAACUCUGGCCGGGGCACCGACGCCCCUGAGGAAGAGCAGAAUGGAAGCAGCCCCAAGUCGAAGACUAAGGUGUGGACGAGCGUUACACACGAUCACGUGAAACCCUUGCUGCAGUCUCUCUCGUCCGGUGUCUGCGUGCCAAGCUGUAUUACCAACUGCUUGUGGACUAAGGAGGACGGACACAGAGCCCCCACCUCUGCCGUCCCUAACCUGUUUGUCCCACUGAACACUAACCCCAAAGAGGUCCAGGAAAUGAGGAACAAGAUCCGAGAGCAGAACUUGCAGGACAUCAAAACGGCAGGCCCACAGUCGCAGGUUUUGUGUGGUGUGGUGAUGGACAGGAGCCUCGUCCAGGGGGAGCUGGUGACCGCCUCUAAGGCCAUCAUCGAGAAGGAGUUCCAGCCCCACGUGAUCGUGAGCACCACAGGCCCCAAUCCCUUCACCACACUCACCGACCGCGAGCUGGAGGAAUACCGACGGGAGGUGGAGCGGAAGCAGAGAGGCUCGGCAGAACGUCUGGACCAGACGGAGGAGAAGGGGGAGAGCCCACCAGAGCCCGCUGCACCCCAGACGCCCCCCAGCACCCCCGUCAAGCUCGAGGAAGACCUGCCCCAGGAGCAGACUUUGGGCGAUGACAGUGGCGCUGCCGCCUUCAAGCCGACUCCCCCCGACCUGUCCCCGGAUGAGCCUUCAGAAGCACUUUGCUUCCCGACACUAGAUAAGGAGGAGGAGGAGGGUCUUGGGGAAGACCCCGGCCCUCAGAGCCCCACCACGUCUCCUGUGGCAGCCAGCCCCGAGCCAGCCCAGGGCCAGGCGGCUGAAGAAGCCCCCUCCCCGGCUGCUGAGGACCCCGGCAGUGACGGGUCUCCGGGCAAGUCCCCUUCCAAAAAGAAGAAGAAGUUCCGCACCCCUUCCUUCCUGAAGAAGAGCAAGAAAAAGAGCGACUCCUGA